GGGGUCUCUUUGCAUAUCCAGCAGGCGGCGGGGCUGGGGCGGGGAGCCGAAGCGGGAGGGGCGCUCCCCCGCCCCUGGAACGGAAUCCUCCCGGGAGCGGAGCAGGCUAGCGAGCUUGCAUCCCGCACCAUCCCCCGGCCCCCGGCCCCGGCCCGCGUCAGACCGAGCUGCCGCCGCCGCCCCAGCAGCAGCAGCACUCGGGGAUCCGGGCCCAGCCGGGGCCGCGGGAGGCGGGGGCGCCGGAGCCCUGGAUGUCCCGCAGCGCGGCGGCCAGCGGCGGACCCAGGAGUCCAGAGCAGCAUCUGCCCCCUGCCCCCUGUGGGGCCCUGGGGCUCCCUGAAACCUCCAGGACGGAGCCAGCAGACGGGGCGGGCACCAUGAACAAGCUACGGCAGAGCCUGCGGCGGCGGAAACCAGCCUACGUGCCUGAGGCAUCGCGCCCACACCAGUGGCAGGCGGACGAGGACGCGGUGCGCAAGGGCACGUGCAGCUUCCCGGUCAGGUACCUGGGCCACGUGGAGGUGGAGGAGUCCCGGGGGAUGCACGUGUGUGAAGAUGCUGUGAAAAAGUUGAAGGCGAUGGGCCGGAAGUCUGUGAAGUCUGUCCUGUGGGUGUCAGCCGAUGGGCUCCGGGUGGUGGAUGACAAGACCAAGGACCUGCUGGUAGACCAGACCAUCGAAAAGGUCUCCUUCUGUGCUCCUGACCGCAACCUGGACAAGGCUUUCUCCUAUAUCUGUCGUGAUGGGACCACCCGCCGCUGGAUCUGCCACUGUUUCCUGGCGCUCAAGGACUCCGGCGAGAGGCUGAGCCACGCAGUGGGGUGUGCGUUUGCGGCCUGCCUAGAGCGGAAACAGCGGCGGGAGAAGGAGUGCGGAGUCACGGCUGCCUUCGACGCCAGCCGCACCAGCUUCUCCCGGGAGGGCUCCUUCCGCCUGUCCGGGGGUGGGCGGCCGGCUGAGCGAGAGGCCGCCGACAAGAAGAAAGCAGAGGCAGCAGCUGCCCCAACUGCGGCUCCUGGCCCUGCCCAGCCUGGGCACGUGUCCCCAACACCGGCCACCACAUCCCCUGGCGAGAAAGGUGAGGCGGGCACCCCAGUGGCUGCGGGCACCACUGCGGCUGCCAUCCCCCGGCGCCAUGCCCCCUUGGAGCAGCUGGUUCGCCAGGGCUCCUUCCGUGGGUUCCCGGCGCUCAGCCAGAAGAACUCACCUUUCAAACGGCAGCUGAGCCUACGGCUGAAUGAGCUGCCAUCCACGCUGCAGCGCCGCACUGACUUCCAGGUGAAGGGCACAGUGCCUGAGAUGGAGCCUCCCAGUGCCAGUGACAGCGACAGCAUCAGUGCCCUGUGUACACAGAUCAGCUCAUCUUUUGCCAGUGCUGGAGCACCAGCCCCAGGGCCACCGCCAGCCUCAACAGGGACUUCUGCCUGGGGUGAGCCCUCCGUGCCCCCUGCAGCUGCCUUCCAGCCUGGGCACAAGCGGACCCCUUCGGAGGCCGAGAGGUGGCUGGAGGAGGUGUCCCAGGUGGCAAAAGCGCAGCAGCAGCAGGCAGCCUCGGUGCCUGCCGUGCCCCCUGGCCUGCAGCCCUUCCCCGCCCCCGUGGGGCCCUUCGACGCCGCACCUGCCCAGGUGGCCGUGUUCCUGCCGCCUCCACACAUGCAGCCCCCUUUUGUGCCCGCCUACCCGGGCUUGGGCUACCCGCCCAUGCCCCGCGUGCCCGUGGUGGGCAUCACACCCUCACAGAUGGUGGCCAACGCCUUUUGCUCAGCCGCCCAGCUCCAGCCCCAGCCUGCCACCCUGAUUGGGAAAGCUGGGGCCUUCCCACCCCCUGCCGCACCCAGCGCCCCUGGGGGCCAGGCCCGUCCUCGCCCCAAUGGGGCGCCCUGGCCCCCAGAGCCAGCACCCGCCCCGGCCCCUGAGUUGGACCCCUUUGAGGCCCAGUGGGCAGCGUUAGAAGGCAAACCUGCUGUAGAGAAGCCUUCCAACCCCUUCUCGGGCGACCUGCAGAAGACCUUCGAGAUUGAACUGUAGCCCGAGCCACCCCAUCAUCUCCAGGAGCCCCACACCUGGGAGUGGAGGCCCAACGUCUCCCCAGUCCUGCUCCCUGGGGCUGCACCCUCCUGACGACCUCUCUAACCCUUCUCUCGACCACCUCCCACAACCAGUACAGAACCGACAUUGUGACGCCCAGGUUGCGAUGGGAUGGAAUUCAGGGACGGACCCAGCCUGGCUAAGGGACCCAUUUCUCUGCCAGACUUAGGCUGGCAUGGCCCCCUCUCCCCGGACCCCAGACACAGGGGGAUGGCCACAGUCCCACCGAGUGCCCUCUGUUCAAGCUAUAUUUCCCAGUUUCUGUUGUUGACCUUCUACCUUCCAGUAUUGGGUGGGAUGGAGGAGGGAUGCCCACCUGGGGGCCCUCCUCGGCCCCAAACGAGUGCCCACCCCAAGUUUGGUCAUUCCCCCCGCCCCCAUACACAGCACAAGCAAAGGGCUUCCUUCUGCCCACCUGCUGCGUUCACUGCCAAUGCUGUGCUCACCCCUACCACCCCUCCCCUCCCCUUGGGGGCCCACAUGUUCUUUGGGCCAGGGUCUCAUGGGGGUAGGGGGCCAAGUUGGGGGCCCAGGAGGCAGGUAGGGGGAAGGGGAAGGGGAAGAAGAUGCCCAGUUACCUCACGUCGGUGCCCGCUGGGGAGGGGUCCGGGAAGAAGGAAGGGGGUGCCUGGCGGGUACUUUUCUAUCUUUUAUUUCCAGAUUUUUUUGUAUCUAAACUUGCAGAUUUGUAUUAUACAAGGACAGCCAAUAAAGGAAGAAUAUAAUGGUG